AUGCUAUUCGCAUUCUGGCUGUAUCCAAGUGAUAGCCAUCAUCACUGUCAUUCCUUAGCCCAUCUCAAUGACGGCCGCCACCACACCAGUUCCUUCCACGACAGACCAUCAAGAGAAUAUUCCCCCAAAGAAGACGAAGAAAAUGAAACAGCCUGGUCCCGCUUCGUCCACUCCAUCUCCAACACCACCUUCAUCCCCUCAGCCGACGCCCUCUCCGACAAGGUGAUCGACAUGCUCAUGCCGGAAUGGACGAAGCUCAUCCCAGGCUACAUCCGCAAGCUCCAGCGCGAGCUGAGCCUCGCCCCGGGCUCGCUGGCUGCUGAGAUAUGGCGCGAGGCCCAAGAUCCCUACGUGCACCCGGAGAUCCGAUACGCCGCUAAAGUCCGCGUGUCGAACGACUUGUGCGAUGAGGAGAAGGAGUUUUUGGCUAGGAGGAAACGGAUGAUCGUGCCUGCGCUGGCGAAGUAUCUGGGUGUGGAUGAGGGAGAUAUUUGUCCAGAUGAUGUGCCUACGAUUGCGAUGUGUGGUUCGGGAGGCGGUUUAAGGGCAUUGGUUGCGGGUACGGGGUAUUUCUCGGCGGCUUCGGAGGAUGGACUGUUUGACUGCGCGACGUAUGUUUCGGGUGUGAGCGGGUCGUGCUGGUUGCAGUCGCUUUAUUAUUCGUCUGUGACGGGCGGGAGUUUUUUGAAGGCUAUUGACCAUUUGAAGACAAGGUUGGGGACGCAUAUUGCUUAUCCGCCGGUUGCGUUUAAUGCGUUGACAUCCUCGCCGACGAACAAGUACCUACUUAGCGGACUGAUUGAGAAGCUUAAGGGGGAUCCAGGUGCCCAGGUUGGUCUGGUUGACUUAUACGGCAUGCUGCUGGCAGCUAGACUUCUAGUUCCAAAAGGAGAGCUAGGUGUCCAUGAAAAAGACUUCAAGUUGUCCAACCAGCACAUCUACAUCAAGUACGGGCAAAACCCCUUGCCCAUAUAUACGGCCGUCCGACAUGAGAUCCCAGAAUCUUCCUCAGAAGUAGAGGAAGAGACCAAAGCCCAAGCCCAAGCCCAGGCCAAGAAGGAUGCUUGGUUCCAAUGGUUCGAAAUGACCCCCUACGAGUUCUUCUGUGAAGAGUUUUCCGCCGGCAUCCCAACCUGGGCUCUGGGUCGCAAAUUCAACAACGGCUCUGAUGUCCCCUCACCGACUGCAGAAGGCAGCACCCGCUUGCCAGAGAUCCGUUUACCAUUGCUCUUAGGCAUUUGGGGCAGCGCUUUCUGUGCUACGCUUAGUCACUACUACCGCGAGAUCCGGCCGCUGGUGAAGAAUCUCACUGGCUUCGCUGCCCUGGAUGACUUAAUCUGGGCAUAUGACAAGGACAUGAGUGUUGUCCAUCCCAUCGAGCCGGCUGCCAUUCCCAACCCGGUGUACGGGAUGCAUGGCCGACUGCCGCAAUCUGUGCCCAAGGGGGUGCUCGACAAUGAAUUCAUCCAGCUGAUGGACGCUGGAAUGUCGAACAACCUGCCUAUCUACCCCUUGCUCCGGCCGGGUCGCAACGUUGACCUGAUCAUCGCCUUCGACUCCUCAGCCGACAUCAAAACCGACAACUGGCUCUCCAUCGUCGAGGGCUACGCCAAACAACGCGGUAUCAAAGGCUGGCCGGUCGGCAUCGGCUGGCCCAAGGAGGACGAAUCCCCCUCCCGAACGGCUGCUGAACUCUCCCAAGCAGAGAGAGCAGCCGAAACCACACCCUCCCCUCAACCCCCUGCAUCCCAAGCCCCCAUUGAACCCUCUCGCAAUAUCCCCUUUGAACAAUCCGUCCAACAAAAAGCCUCUAAAACCCUAGGCUACUGCACAAUCUGGGUCGGCACGACCCUCACCUCUUCAACGCCUACCCCCGCAACCCCGAUCUCCCCCACGACCAUCUCCCACCUCCUUCAUCCCCACGCCGGCAUAGCCGUCGCAUACUUUCCCCUGCUAGCCAACGAGAAGGUCGCGCCGGGAGUGGAUGUCGCGACAAGCGAGUUCAUGAGCACGUGGAAUUUUGUAUACACACCGGAGCAGGUUGAGCAAGUGGUACGGUUGGCGAGGGGGAAUUUCGCGGAGGGGAGGGAUCAGUUGAAACGGGUGGUCAGGGCGAUUUAUGAGAGGAAGAGAAAGGCGAGAUUGGAGAGGGAGCAGGCAGAGAGGGAGAGGAGGUUGGUUUGGGGGUUUGGUGAGUUUGUUUAA